AUGCAUCUGACGAAGGGACUUUUGAUAGUGGUCUGCCUGGCGGCCCUUGCCAGCGCCAAGCCGCAGAACUUCCAGAUCUUCGGACGCCAGCGGGAUGAGCCCGCGGCCCAAGGUCGCCUGAGUGCCAGCCAGCUGACCGAUAUCCUUAACAGCCUGAAGGGCGUCAGCAGCACCACCACCCUGGCACCCACCACCACCACCGUGCCCUCGGGCACCACCACCGUGACCACCUCGCCCACUGGACCCACCACCUCCACCGGAACCUCCACGACCUCCACCACUCCCACCACUGACACGCCCACCGACACUGCCACUGGCGAUGGCCGCCAAGUAGAGCUGCUCGACGACCAGGAGGAGGACGACGAGGAGGAGCAGCAGCAGGUGGAGUCCCACCACAACCGCUUCCAGCUCGAGGACGACGACGAGGAGGAGCAGCAGCAGGUGGCCCGCGCGCAGGCCAACCGCCGCCGCCAGGUGAACGCCCGGAGGCAGCGCCAGCGGAUGCAGCAGAAGUACCGCCGCCGCCAGCAGCAGCAGCGCCGUCGCCGCCAGCAGCAACAGCAGAAGCGCCGCCAGCAGCAGAAGCGUCGCCAGCAGCAGCGCCGCCGCAGGCAGCAGCAGCAGAGGCGCCGCCAGCACCGCAACCGCCGCACCAACAUGCGCCUGGUCAACCGCUUCCGCCAGAGCACCCCCAACCGCAACCGCGUCAUCCGCAUCGCCGCCUAG